AUGAGUCGAGAUAAUGAUACUGGAAAAAUUUUCGUCGGAGGUUUACACCCGGACACAGAUUCAGAUAGCAUGAAAAAAUUCUUUAAUAAAUACGGAAAUGUUUCGGAUUGUGUUAUCAAGAAGGAUCCCGUAACACAACGUUCCAGGGGCUUUGGUUUUGUAACUUUCGAAGAUCCUGGUUGUGUUAAUUCUGUAUUAAAUGCUGGUCCACAUUUAUUAGAUGGCAAACAAAUUGACCCUAAACCGGCUGUUCAAAAGGGACAACCUGCACCCCAGGCCAGCCCUAGUAAUGUUAAUACGAACAAAGUGUUUAUCGGUGGCGUAGCCCAGAAUACAAGCGAAGAUGAGAUCAAAAAGUACUUCUCUAGUUUCGGACAGGUUAAAAAUGUCCAACUUAUGUACGACAAAACAACGAAGCGAAUGCGAGGAUUCGGAUUUGUAACUUUUGAAAAUGAUGAGACCGUAAAAAAGACUUGUGGCGUACAUUUCCAUAAUAUUAAUGGCAAAUCGGUCGAAGUUAAACUAGCCGAAGAUCGUAGUGCAAAUCGAGGUGUUCCAGGUAGCCAAUCUAAUGUGUAUGGAGGUGGAAACUUUCCUAAUAUGCAAUUUACUUCUCAAUAUGGCCCUUAUGGUAAUAGUGGUGGUAUGCUAGGUUCCUAUGGAUAUGGUUCGUACGGUUAUGGUGGAAAUUAUGCUGUACCUGGCUAUCCAUUUGCUUACGACCAAACGAUGGGCACUAAUUACGGACAAGAAGCUACUAACUAUGGCCCUGGAAAGUCAAGUUACAGUAAUAUGUCGUCUGGUGUAUCCCAAAGCGGCACAUCUUCAUAUACGAGUGCGCCUUCUACAGGCUAUAGUGGAAUGAAUUCUGCUGGACCCAGCGACAGUUUUAGAAGUGUACCUAACUAUAACAACAUGCAAAGUUAUAUGUAA